GGGGGGACCGCGAUGCGCGGGGGGGGCCUCAUCCUGCUCGGCCUCAUCGCGCUGUGCGGGCGGCGCGGGGCGCGGGGCGCAGGACCCCCGGAGGGGCAGCGUGGGGCCGGGCAGCCCCAGGGGACACACAUCAGCCAGGACCUGGUGGGACGCAGUCUGGUCAUCGACACACUGCUGGACAACGGGACUCGCAUUGUGGAGGACAACCACAGCUACUACGUGUCCCGCACCUACGGGCCGGGGGCUGCACGCCGCCAGGGGCUGUGGGUGGACAUGGCAGCAGCUGACAGCAGCCACGUGAAGGUCCACGGGAUCCUCUCCAACACCCACCGGCAGGCCUCGAGGAUCGUCCUCUCCUUCGAUUUCCCCUUCUACGGGCAUCUCCUGCGGCAGGUGACGAUAGCAACUGGAGGUUUCAUCUUCAUGGGGGACGUCAUCCACCGCAUGCUGACGGCCACGCAGUACAUCGCACCGCUCAUGGCCAACUUCAACCCCAGCUACUCCCGCAACUCCACCGUGCAGUACCUGGAUAAUGGCACGGUCUUUGUGGUACAGUGGGACAAGGUCUACCUCCAAGGCAAGGAGGACGUGGGCAGCUUCACCUUCCAGGCUGCCCUGCACAGCAGCGGCAGGAUCGUCUUCGGGUACAAGGAGAUCCCAGUGCCCGUCCUGCAGAUCAGCGCUGCGCAGCACCCCGUCAAGGCUGGGCUGUCUGAUGCCUUCAUGGUCCUCAACCCAUCCCCCGAGGUGCCUGAGUCGCGCCGCCGGACCAUCUAUGAGUACCACCGAGUGGAGUUGGACACCAGCAAGAUCACCAACAUGUCUGCUGUGGAGUUCACCCCGCUGCCCACUUGUCUCCAGCACCGGAGCUGUGAGCUGUGUGUGAGCUCCACGCUGACCUUCAACUGCAGCUGGUGCCACGUCCUGCAGAGGUGCUCCAGUGGCUUCGACCGGCACCGUGAGGAGUGGCUGUCCUAUGGCUGCGCCCAGCAGGCAGACGCCAAGAGCUGUGAGGACUUAGCAGAGGACAAUCACUACUCGCCCCCCCCCGACGGCUCCUCCUCGCCGCUGGAUGAGGACAUCACCACCCCCACGGCCUCCCUCUUCAUCGACAGCCUCGCUACAGAAGACGACACGAAGCUCAACCAGCACGCAGGCAGUGAAGGUGUGGGAAGUGACCUUCCUCCCAAUGCAGUGGGUGCCCCGAUUCACACCGGGACGAUCGUGGGCAUCGUGCUGGCCGUGCUGCUCAUUGCAGCCAUCAUCCUCGCUGGGAUCUACAUCAACAGCCACCCCACCUCCAACGCCGCCCUCUUCUUCAUCGAGCGAAGGCCACAUCGUUGGCCUGCCAUGAAAUUCCGCAAUCACACCAACCACGCCACGUACGCCGAGGUGGAGGCAGCCAGCCAUGAGAAGGAGGGCUUUGUGGAGGCAGAGCAGUGCUGAGCACCUCUCUCCCUGCACCUCUGACCUGCCACGACUCGAGUGCUCUGUUAUCUGAUUGCAAAGUCUUUCCCCCGGUGGAAAAGAAACAGCAAGUCGAGGAAAAAGACCCAAUGGAGCACGGAGGAAAAGCAGUCGGGGCUCUUUUCUCUCUCAACCAAGCACCAGUUUCUCUUCUCUGCUCUGGAAGAAAGGAAAACCUGUUUUAUUCGAAGAGUAAAACCUUCCUAAGGAUUCGCCUUCAGAAUGUUUGUGAGCCAUUGGCUCUGAGGCACCUUCUGCCAUCCAAUUAGUUACAAGCUGUGACUCCUACCCUAAAGGAACCAGAGGCUGGAGGGAAAAAACAACAAUAUCUUCUGUUCCUUCCAAACAUCUUCAUGGCACGGCCACACGUCCAGCAGGAGCAGGGGAGGUUUUGCAGGCAGAGGAUGGGGACAGAGCUCUGCCAUGCUGACACCCAGAGGAAAACCCAGGCUCACUCACGGGUGCUUCCCAUAAUAAGUAAUGAAGGCAUACGUGCCUUGAUAUCACUGAAAAUCUGAGAAAUGCUUCGUUAACACCCUCGUAUUUCAAGUCUGCUGAAGUCAGUGCAUUUCCUAUGACUUCUUUUUGCUGCAUCAGUGAUGGGCCCUUGGUCUGCACUGACACCAACACCGUGAUUCCAGAAUCCGACCCUCACUCAGGGGCUCAGCUCUGCGCCUCCCAGGCAGCUCUGCUCUCAUCCAGCUCAUGGCAAGCUGCACCAAUGCUCACCCUGCCUCCACAGCCAUCAGUGCAGGCCUGGGUCCCAAACUGGGGAGAGGUGGCAUGAAAAAAGAGAGGAGCCAAUGUCCGACGUCAGGUGAAGUUUUCUUCCUCCCACCA